ACUGCAUUCAGUAUAUAUAUUGUAUAUUGCGGAUUUGAAGAAAGAGUUUAACGAUGUUAUUACCACGUGCUAUUACACUGACAAGUAUUAUAUCAUGGAUUCUUUUUAUUACAGUAUUUUCCUUCGGAACAACAGAUGCUAGAGUGAAAAGGAAAUACGGCUGUGUACUUCCAGAGGAACCCUGGUAUGGUUCUUUUAUCUUCGACGACCGGAAGAGGACUUUGCGUUAUGAAUGUGAUGAUGGUUACAUAUUGACCGCCUACCGGCAACGCGACCGGAAGUGUCGAAAGGGUAAAUGGACCGGAAGUGACUUGUACUGUUUGAACUUGGACUUUACACAGUCAAAAUGCCCUGAGUUAAGAACUCCAAACAAUGGCCAUGUAUAUACGGAGGGAAGAGUUGUUGGUAGCAAAGCUUCUUUUAUUUGUGACGAGGGUUUCGUACUUUACGGUUCAGCUACAAGAACUUGCCAGAAAGGCCGCAGAUGGGAUGGUACUAUGCCUGUUUGUAAAAGUCGACGCACCAUCAAGGAUAUUGCCAGUCAUUUGAAAGAAACUAUGAUUGACAGUUUGGCAGGGGCGACAACUAGCUCAAAGACUGGCGCCCAGUCUCGUUUAAGCCCUGGUAAAAGUGGUCUUGAUGUCGUUUUGCUUGUCGAUGUAUCUUCCAGCAUUGGGGACAGGUCAAUGGAUUCGGCGAAAAAAUUUAUGAAACUACUUGUGGAUAUUUUUGGUGUAUCAAACGAAACGUCCGGAGGCAAAAAUGGGACCAGAUUUGCUUUAAUGACGUUCAAUGAUAAGCCAACUAUUGUUUUCAACCUGAAUGAUAAAACCGCACGGUCCAAAUCAGAAGUCAAGAAAAUGAUUGACAAGAUACAGAUAACUGGCGGUGGGACAGACAUCUCUAAAGCUUUGAAUGCAGUGGGCAGAGAAGUACAUAACAUAGUUAUUACAAGGAAUUUGCCGCGAUUGACUGGUGCUACGCGUGCAGUUUUUCUUCUCACGGACGCUGAGGAGACAGGUUAUGUAAAGGGGGACCGUAUGACACGUAUCAGAAUGAAUGCAAACACCUUAAAAACUGCUGGUAAUUUCGAGAUAUUUUGUAUUGGAGUAGGACAGAACAUAGACCAUUCUUUAUUGGCGGAAAUAGCCUCAAAACCACAAAUCGAACACGUGUUUACCUUGUCUAAAUUUGAAGACCUGGAGAAAGUGGGAGAUAUCAUAGCAGAGAAAAACAUAGAUUAUGGACAGUGUGGUGUCUCGGGGAAUACGGAAAUAGCACUGGGCUCACAGACUACUAACGAGGGGGCAUGGCCUUGGCUAGGUUGGGUGAGUGUUUUAGAUGACAAAAACAUGCCACAUACAUGUGGGGGUGCCGUAGUUUGUGACCGGUGGUUUCUCACAACUGCUAGCUGUGUGUCAAGAAAAAUAGAUGACCAAGUGGUUCCGUAUAAUGCGUCAAGGAUGAAUGUUUAUCUGAGUGAUUACGACAUAUUCAAAAAGGACACAAAUGAGAUUUGGCCAAUCGUUCACGAUGUUAUGAUUCAUGACAAUUAUACGGGAGAAGAAAUAGGAAACCUUGGUAUUCAUGCUAACGAUGUAGCCUUGCUGGAUUUCGGACAGAAUGAAACUGAGAGACCAGUCUUAGACAAAUAUUUGCGGCCAAUUUGUAUCGCAACAGAUAAUGAGUCUCUUAGUGAUGCAGAUACGAACUUCAAAAUGUUACUCUCGUUCCCGAAUAAAAAAGACGCAUUCACCGCCGGGUGGGGUAAUGCACCAGAUAACAUAUAUCAUACAAGUCUACUGCAUUCAAAGAUGAUGCAGAAUCAGAGGCCAGUUAUGAAACCGAAGUAUUGCGAGAGGAGGUAUGAGAAUAUUGACUUGGAUCGCUUUUUCUGUGUUGGUGAGGAGUUUGAAGGAAGUGACUCGUGCAUGGGUGAUAUUGGGGGUCCAUACAUGAUACAGUUGUCCAACAAGAGGUUCUACAGCCUAGGUCUAGCACUUAAGACCCGCGGUUGCAGAAAGAGGAACAACUAUAGUAUUUUCCUUAACAUUCUACACCCAACAGUCAAUGGCUGGAUAAAUCAUGUAUUAGAUGGGUGCAACAGGGUCAAGAACAAAGACACUUAGACUCUUUUUCAGCCAACAGAUUUUUAUAGAGAUAAAAAUCAUUUUCUUAUUAUGUAUACUCGUAUAUUGUUUAUUGAACAUUUGUCUGAAACAAUGUAAUUCUGCAUUCAUCAAUAAACUUCUUUAAAUA